UGCCAGGCUCGCUAAAGAAACGGGUUACCUAGGUGUGUUCGGACAGUUUCGCACACAAUAUAUCGGUCCAACAGCAUAGGAUAUCACUGGCCAUGUAGAGAUGCCAAAACUUUCCUUUUCAAAGAUCCGGAUUUACGAGUUUAAGGAUUUCAUUCAGAAUGCAAAGCAUCCCAGACGGAUGGAUAUCCUUCUGAGUCCAAGGAAGCGAAGGAGAGAUGUUAAGUGUGUUGUGGUGAGAGACACACAGGCAAAGGCCAGUCCCUCAACACUCAGCUCCCGAGAGGACAGCAUACUCGAUUCCAGCUUGGAGGCAAUGUUAAGAGAUCAGAAACAGCUGGCUGCCUUCCGUGCCUUCCUGCGCUCGGAGUUCAGUGAGGAGAACUUGGACUUCUGGCUGGCCUGUGAGGCCUUCAGGGAUACCAGCUCCUCAGGGGAACGCGGCUGGAAGGCAGAACACAUCUACCAGGAGUUCCUUCACCCCAACGCACGGAGAGAGGUUAACGUGGACCACUUGACCAGGGAGAAGAUCCAGGGCCUCCUGGCAGAGCAGCGGCCCCCGGCCUGGUGCUUCGCCGAGGCCCAGAGAAACAUCUACCUGCUGAUGGAGAGGGACACCUGGCCCCGCUUCCUUCGCUCUGGUGCCUGUAACGGUCUGAGUCAAAAGACCAGCACCGUGUGGUACAUCUAACCCCUCCAGGCUGAGCAAUGGUGUGUGGGAAAUAUGACUGAAAUAUGGCCAGAUAUGGGGAAUAUUAUUUAAAGUUCUUGGAAUAUAUUCUUGGAAUUUAUUCUUGGAUUUCUAUUCUUGGAAUUUGUUCUUCGAAUUGAUUGGGCGACCUAGUUCCAGUAAACUGUGUAUCCGACAAAUUAUUUGGGGCAUUAUUAUAAAGGAAAAAUCAUUACAGUUUCUGUCUACUGUUUACAUAUAUUUCGGUUGAGAUAAGAUUAACGGGAAUUAAGGAAUGUGAUUUUUUAUUAAAUUAUUUUAAAUUAAACCCUAGUGACAAAAUGAAUACUUUGAUUGAGGUCAAGAUUAAGAUGUCUUAUCCCUUCAAGUAAAAGCUAACACUAAGGCCACUUUUAUUCUAUAAAUUAUUGUAUGAUACAUUGAAAUGUGGGUGGAACGAUCAUGAAGGGAAGGUUGAGGGGGGAGACAGGUGAAAAACUGAAAAGCUUGAGUAUGUGUCAGGAUGGAAGUGAAGUAGUACUGUGAGAGAGCACAACUUCUGAACUUAUACAGGAGAUAGGGAUGGAGAUGAGCAAUGGAAUUAGUGAUGUUUGUUAUAAGUUGAGUUUGAAGACAGUUAUUAAAAAAUAUACCUGAGCUGUCAAUAUUUUGGGUAGGUGAUCAAUGAAUUCUGCUAAACAAAGAACGAGAAACGAGGAAUAGCAGUUAAUGUUACGAUUAGGGCUACUUCAUUUCAAUCUUCAUUACUUUUGUAUAAUGUAGCCGAUAAAACCUGGACUUAUUUGUAACCCCACUUAAAAGACUGUGUGUGCGAACGUUCUUGUUGAUUAGUAAUAAAUCAGGAGGUCAUGACUGAAAUGUUAAAUUUUGUCCUCUUCUAUGACACAGAAAAGAUGUGAGAGGUGUGUAUGUGUGUGCGCGUGCGUGUGUGUGU